AUGGCUUCCGUCCAGGCUUCGGCAGCUGCCAUGCCGCUGGCCAACACCGCACCGCCCAACGGCAUCACGCCGCAGCAGGUGCAGGAGGUCUACAGCCGCUUCCGGCAAAUGAAGGAGCAAGGCGUGCCCCAGACCGACCCCGACUUCAUCAAGACACAGCAGUUCCUGCUCAACAUCCAGCAACAACAGGCUUUCAAGCGCCAGAUGCAGCACCAGCGCGACACACAGCAGGCCGCACAGCAAGCUGCCGCUGCUGCCGCCAACGGCGCCAUCAUGAACGGUGGCGGGGCGCCGCACCCCGGCCGCCAGGCUCCAGGCUUCCCUGGCACCCCGAUGGGCCGGCCCAUGCCACCCAAUGCUGCCGCGGGUGGUGCAGCACCUGCAACACCGGGCAGCGCUGGCAGUGGUGCACCAGCUGGUGCUGGUGCUGGUGCUGGUGCUGGCACGGCUGCGUCGCCCGUGACGGGCCACUUCUCGCAGCAGCAGCUGAGUCUGCUGCGGCAUCAGAUUCAGGCUUUCAAGCACCUGUCUCGAAACGCCGGCGUCCCCAUGCAGACACAGCAGGUCAUCUUUGGCCAGCGCGCACGGCGGCAGAUCGCGUCCGUGUCCGAGAAGCUGGCAGGCACGAAGACGCCCGCCACGCCGACCACGGCUGCUGCACGUAAGGGUGCUGCCGCUGCGGCUAGUGGUGGUGCGGACGCCGCAAAGGCCGACGCCGACGGCGCCGCGCCUGGCUCACAAGAGCUGACCGCCCCCGGCCGCAAGGUCAAGUCGUUCAAGACCGUCCAGUCGCCCUACGAGUCUGGUGCCGUCCGCAAGACCAUCAGCUACUUCGACCACGGCCGCCGCAUCAACCGCCCCGUCAUCCCCGGCAUCCUCCCCACCGGCAUCGACUUUGACGCCCUGCGCACCGAGCGCGAGAAGAUUGUCUUCAACCGCAUGAGCGCCCGCUACGCCGAGCUCAAGUCGCUCCCCAGCAACAUCAGCCACUGGGACACCGCCACCAACUCGCUCACCCCCGACGACACCAUUAAGCGCAAAGCCUACAUCGAGAUGAAGUGCCUGGGUCUGUACUCCCUGCAACGCGCCCUGCGCGACAAGAUCGGCCGCCAGAUGAUGCACUACGACAACCUCGCCAUGACCACCAACCGCAGCAACUACCGCCGCAUGAAGCGCCAGAACGUGCGCGAGGCCCGCAUCACCGAGAAGCUCGAGAAGCAGCAGCGCGACGCCCGCGAGCACCGCGAGAAGAAGCGCCACUCCGACUUCUUGGCUGCCGUCACCAAGCACCGCGCCGAGCUGACCACGACAGCCAACCAGCAGCGCAACAAGAUGCAGAAGCUCGGCCGCAUCAUGUACACCCAGCACUUCAACAUUGAGAAGGAAGAGCAGAAGCGCAUCGAGCGUAACGCCAAGCAGCGUCUGCAGGCCCUCAAGGCCAACGACGAAGAGGCCUACCUCAAGCUGCUCGACCAGGCCAAGGACACCCGCAUUACCCAUCUGCUGCGCCAGACCGACGGCUUCCUGCACCAGCUGGCCUCGUCCGUCAAGGCCCAGCAGCGCGACGCCGCCGAGCGCUACGGCGGCGACCCCAACCUCCGCCCCGACGAGCCCGAGAGCGACGACGACUCGGAGGACGACGACCGCACCAAGAAGAUUGACUACUACGCCGUCGCCCAUCGCGUCCGCGAAGAGGUCACCGAGCAGGCCAACAUGCUGGUCGGCGGCAGGCUCAAGGAGUACCAGGUCAAGGGUCUGCAGUGGAUGAUUUCUCUCUACAACAACAACCUCAACGGUAUUCUGGCCGACGAAAUGGGUCUCGGCAAGACCAUUCAGACCAUCAGUCUCAUCUGCUACCUCAUCGAGCGCAAGCACCAGCCCGGCCCCUACCUGGUGAUCGUCCCGCUGAGUACCCUGACCAACUGGAACCUCGAGUUCGAGAAGUGGGCCCCGUCCAUCGCCCGCAUCGUGUACAAGGGCCCCCCCACCACGCGGAAAGCCCAGCAGGACAAGAUCCGCCAGGGCCGCUUCCAGGUCCUGCUCACCACGUACGAGUACAUCAUCAAGGACCGCCCCCUGCUCAGCAAGAUCAAGUGGUUCCACAUGAUUGUCGACGAAGGCCACCGCAUGAAGAACAGCAACUCCAAGCUGAGCGCCACCAUCUCGCAAUACUACCACACGCGCUUCCGUCUCAUUCUGACCGGUACCCCGCUCCAAAACAACCUGGGCGAGCUGUGGGCCAUGCUCAACUUUGUCCUGCCCAACAUCUUCAAGUCGGCCACCACGUUCGACGACUGGUUCAACACGCCCUUUGCCAACACGGGCGGCCAGGACCGCAUGGAGCUCAACGAAGAAGAGCAGAUCCUCGUCAUUCGUCGUCUGCACAAGGUGCUGCAGCCCUUCCUGCUGCGUCGUCUCAAGAAGGAUGUCGAAAAGGACCUGCCCGACAAGACUGAAAAGGUCAUCAAGUGCAAGUUCUCGGCCCUGCAGGCCCGCCUGUACAAGGAGAUGCUGAACAACAACAAGCUCAUUGUCGGCGACGGCAAGGGCGGCAAAACCAGCGCGCGUGGCCUCAGCAACAUUAUCAUGCAGCUCCGCAAGCUGUGCAACCAUCCCUUUGUGUUUGACGAGAUUGAGACGGUCAUGAACCCCCAGAGCAUCAGCAACGACCUGCUCUGGCGGACGGCCGGCAAGUUUGAGCUGCUGGAGCGCAUUUUGCCCAAGUACAAGGCCACGGGCCAUCGUGUGCUCAUGUUCUUCCAGAUGACGGCCAUCAUGGACAUUAUGGAGGACUACUUGCGCUACCGUGGCUUCCAAUACCUUCGUCUCGACGGCACGACCAAGGCCGACGAGCGCUCGGAUCUGCUGCGCGACUUCAACCACCCCGACUCGCCCUACUUUAUGUUCUUGCUGUCCACCCGUGCCGGUGGUCUCGGCCUGAACCUGCAGACGGCCGACACCGUCAUCAUCUACGAUUCCGAUUGGAAUCCCCAUCAGGAUCUGCAGGCCCAGGACCGUGCGCAUCGUAUCGGCCAGAAGAACGAAGUGCGCAUUCUGCGUCUCAUCACAUCGACGUCCGUCGAAGAGAAGAUUCUGGAGCGUGCCCGCUACAAGCUCGACAUGGACGGCAAGGUCAUCCAGGCAGGUCGUUUCGACAACAAGUCGUCGGAGACGGACCGCGACGCCAUGCUGCGGACGCUGCUUGAGUCGGCCGACCUGCAAGAGUCCGGUGACCAGGAGGAGAUGGACGACGAGGAGCUCAACAUGAUCUUGGCCCGCAGCGAGAACGAGCUGGCGACCUUCCAGAAAAUGGACGAGGAGCGCUUCCACGACCCCGUCUACGGCACAGCACCGGGCUGCCAGGCCGUGCCCCGCCUCAUGGCCGAAAACGAACUGCCGGACAUCUACCUGGCCGAUCCCAACGCCGUCGAGGAGGAAGUCGAGGUUGUCUUGGGCCGUGGUGCGCGCGAGCGCACCAAGGUCAAGUACGACGACGGUCUGACGGAGGAGCAGUGGCUGAUGGCCGUCGACGACGACGACGACUCGCCGGAGGCUGCCGCGGCGCGCAAGCAGGCCCGCAAGGACAAGCGCGAGCAGAAUCGCCUCAAGCGCCUCGCCAACGCAAACCCGCUGACGGGCUCGGUCGAGAACACGCCCGAGGGCAGCCGCGCCAGCUCCGAGGAGGCCGAGCCAGAACCCGAGCCGGAGCCAGAGACACCCGUCAAGAAGCGCGGCCGCAAGCCGAAUGCGAAGAACGAGAAGCGCAAGGCCGACGACGAGGACGAGCCCGCACCGCCAGCCAAGAAGCGCCGUGGCCCCAUUGGCAGACCCAAGGCUGUUGCGGCGGCGGACCGUGCUGUGUCGGGCGGCGCUGCCAGCCCCGCAGGGAGCCCCAAGGCGUCGAUGACGCCGCAGCUGCGCGGUCGUCUGCAGGAGAACCUGCGCAAGUUGUACGACGGCCUGAUGACGCUGGAGGUUGACGAUCCGGAGCCGGAAGACCCUGAGGACAAGGACAAGGACGAGGACGACGAGCCGCUGAAGCGCAUCAUCAUUGGCCCCUUUGUGAAGCUGCCGUCGAAGCGCGACUAUGGCGACUACUACGUCAUCAUCCAGAAGCCCAUCUGCAUGAACCAGAUCCACGCGCGCAUCAAGAAGGGCGAGUACCACAAGCUCACAGACAUGCAAGCCGACAUCAAGCUUCUGUGCAACAACUGCCGCACCUACAACGACGACGGUAGUCUGCUGUACGCCGACGCCAACACGAUUGAGGAAUUCUUCAAUGCCAAGAUCGCCGAGACGCUGGCAGCGCACCCCGAGCUGCAGGCGCUGGAGCCCGGCGGGGCGACCAAGGCCUCGUCCGAAGCGCCAACGACGACCAACAGCACGCCGGCGCCGGCAGCCACGCCGCUGCCUAAGAUCAAGCUCGUGUCGAACGGCGUCUCCCUCAACAAGUCGGCCAACGGCAGCAGCAACGGUAACGGCGAAGCGACAAACGGCACCAGCACCAAGACCGAAGACGAGUAG